ACUCUAAAUGCACUCGUCAUCACCCAGAAAAGAGGAAACUUCAUGUCAUGGCCCGAAUGCUGGAUUACAAUAGUCAUCCUUGGAGCUGGUCAGAGUGUAGUAGGCAAUAUCUGACAACAUUCUUUGAUGUUGGUUACGGACAUUGCUUGAUGGACAGGCCAGGAAGAAAUUUGCUUGUACAAGAUGACCAAUUCCAACAGCCUCCUGGUCAACUUUACCCUAGAGAUCGUCAAUGCGAACUAGUAUUUGGACCUAGGUCUAGAAUUUGCCCAUACAUGCCCGAAUGCAAACGCUUAUGGUGUACUAUGGACGAUACCCCCCAAGGGGGCUGUCGGACACAGCAUAUGCCCUGGGCUGACGGCACUCGGUGCAGCGAAGGAAAGCGUUGUUUUCAAGGAGAAUGUGUCAGAUACUUACCUGAUGGACUGAUACUCGUUGAUGGGCAAUGGGGAAAAUGGAAACCGUUUGGGAAGUGUUCGCGAUCUUGUGGUGGAGGAAUUCAACAAGCUUUUCGAGAAUGUGACUCUCCAAAGCCUGCUAAUGGUGGACGAUACUGCAUAGGUAUCAGAGUCAAGUACAAAUCGUGCAAUUUUCAGGAAUGUCCCGAGGACAGCCGAGAUUUCAGAGCAGAGCAGUGUUCGGAAUUUGAUAAUCAAGAUCUUAAACUUCCUGGUUUGCCGUCUCCUGUCAAGUGGGUGCCACAGUAUUCUGGAAGUAAGAACAUUCGUAUGUUUCUAAAUAUAACUUUCUCUAAUUUUACAGCUGUACCUUCAAACAUCGAACUCCCCCCCCCCCCCCUUGGGGAAGCAUAUAAAACCUUAACCUCCCUGCAGACCCAGUGCGAUCUCUUGAUGUGGCAUUCAAUGUUUCAUGUGCCUAAACCAACGCUUUGGUGUGAAUGGCAAAGUAAAAUUGGACGACCAGUUUCCCAUGGGAAUAUGAGCACCUGGGCUCUCACUAGGAGAAACUUUACAGAGAAUUUGGUUUGGCGGAAAGCGUCUAAGCCAAGUAGGUGCUCAAGAGAUCUUUAACAUAUGACAUAAUCCUGCGGCGUAUGCGCGUACGAGUUUUUGCAUCUCUGACGGACCACUUGGAUCGUGGCGUGGGUUCAUUACCUACGACCAAAGGCGCACGAGGCCAACGCCUAGCGACUACGCCACUCAUCUGUUGAAUGCAUAGAUUAAAUUUAAUGUAAACAUUCGCAUGAUAUACAUUAAAAAAAAUUUAAUGUAUAUUGUACGUCGAAUGUGUACAUAAGAUUUCUUUUGACGUAAGAAUAUCUAAUCGUUUAUUAAGUUAUAUCCGGUCCAGCUUUCUGUUGUUGCAAAAUACCGUCAGGUUUCAAUCGCUAAUUGCUACGAAACUAGCUAGGGAUCGUCCACAGAUGAUGUCAUGUUUUGAUGUGGAUUCAGGAAAAUGUGACAGUUUGACAACAGUGAGAGAGGGGGAUAGCAAGAAGUGUGACAUAUCACAUAUUUUAUAGCAAUUUGUCUACAUAAUAUGGCAAAAAGGGAGGAGAGGGAUAAGUUGAAGUGUGACACGUCGUGACAAGGAGCGAGGGGGUCAAAAAUGUUGAAAGAAGUUACAUCAUUUAUGGAAAGCACCUAAUUUGUUAAUAACGAUUGAAACGCUUUGCAGUAUGUCUGUACGUAUUUGUCGUGAGGAUUCUGUUUAGCCUGUGACGUUAUUGAAGUAAUGUAGCAGUUGUUGGAUUGAGCGCUGUGUGAAGUUAUAAAGUAAUAUAUAGUGUAAGAACGCUUCUAGCUAGGACAUUGGUUCAGGUGCCAUUGUGAGGAACUUGAUAAGUACUACUAAAACCUUAAACGAAACAAUAAAAAGUUUCGUAAAAUUAGGAAAUCGAUACAUUGAAUUGAAAAUUACAAAAAAAAAAAAAAAUUAACUCGUCAUAUAUGAGUCGUAAAUAUGCUCCAAAUUAUAGAAAACGCUUUACAGAAAAAAAAAAGCUUGUAUUAAGAGGAAUUCAAAACACCUAAAAUUAUUAUACAGAACACCAGAGCUGGAUUAGCCAUUUAAACGUAGCAAACGCUACGGGCUCCACGCUUUUCGGGUUCUUGCGCUAUGAAAAAAAAAAAAAAAAAAAAAAAUCCGCAAAAAAAUUCACUUUUUAACUUAGCUUUUCUCAUUUAAAUAAAUACCUCUUUGUAAUGUAAACCCUUUUAUCAACCCGAAGGAGACUAGUUACUGCUCAAUCAGCACUCUACGUCAAUAAUACAAGGUUUUAAAAAGGAAUAUGGAAAAAUAAGAGUAAUUGUUCCCAUCAAGAUUUAUUAUGCAACCUAGGGUAUCAUUAGCUGUGCGUAGCAGAAAUGCACGAUUCAAAUUCAAUUUUUAAUCUUUGAUUUUCAAAUUAAACCUGUCCAAUUCAACAAUAAGCAAAAUGAAAGUCAAAAGCUACACAAACCCAUAAUGAAAAGAAUCAAUGCUCAAUGGGGCGUUGCCAUAUAGCGCAGGAUAGUUUGCUACUUGCUCGAGCCAAGGUCGUCUGACAGAGUGACCCUAACCACUAGUCCACAUGAUACUACAUCUAACAAAACUUGUGUUCAUCUUGUACUUAGAAAAAAAUACUAGUUGCUGUACACACAAAAAUCUUUAAUUCGAUAAGAACAAAAAUGACUUCUUUAUAAGAUCGGAAAAAAGGAAAAACUCAGUUAUGUCCCAUAAUUCGCAAGAAACUGAGUGAACAUGUGCUUCUUGCUUUAUAAAUGCGUGUGCUUUUAGGCACAUACAUUCAUUACAUAUUUCAAUUAACUUAGCCAAAAACCUAGCACAAAUAAAGGGAACUCCAUCAAUAGUGAUAGUUUUCCGCAGUAGAUGGCAGCACCAUUCCUUCUCUUUUAAGCAAAUCUUUGAUAAGCUGAAUUAGAUACUUUAUAAUGAUUUCCAUUCGCUCUAAACUCUAUUUCAAAAUGUUUUUAAAAA